CACGUUUAAUGACGUAAAAGUGCGUCUGUCUGUGUGCUGUGCGCAUCGAGGAAGAGCGCCGUUUUCACAGCCACUGUUCGCGGUCGUUUCUGCGGCUCUCGUCAACACACGCGAGGCGCCCAAUGUAGCAGCGAUGCAUGCGGGAUAUAAGGACAUCGGCUUCGUGCAGCAAAUUCUCAGUCUGAAUUUGGUCCCGAGAGAAAAUGGCACCAAGUGUGGCAACGACACGACGUCGCUAUGCGACUUCUCCGAGAUGUGGUAUGGAGUGCUCCUGUGGACCGUGGUCUCUUCCUUGGCAUUCCACCUGCCUGCAGCUUUCCUGGCGCUCGGCACACUGCGGAAACACAAAGUGGCACGCUUCAUGCCCAUAGCCAUCCUGCUGAUGAGCAUUGUGGGCCCACUCUGCAGUGGUGUUCUCACCAGUGCUGCUAUAGCAGGGGUUUACAAGGCUGCAGGGAAGAGGAUGAUAUCCCUGGAGGCUCUGGUGUUUGGAGUUGGACAGUCCUUCUGUGUUGUGGUUAUCUCCUUCCUCAGGGUCUUGGCUACUUUAUAACACGGGGCACUUUGUCACUGCUCAAGAAGAGGCCCGUAGAUGGACACACAAGCACACUGGGGCCUGAAAGCCUGGCUCCUGUCUCCGUCAUGUCUGUUGUUUCAAGCAGAGCUCAAUGGCUUGUUUGUGGAGCUCUUGGAAGUUUUGGCUGAUGUUUUGCAGUGGCAUCUCUAAAGGUAAUGGAAGAAGGUUCAGGGAAGCUGCCUUCACUUCAGAACUAGUCUCUCAGUUGGCAUGGACCUUUUCACCUCUGAAAGUGCUUUUAUUUACCAGAUUAUCAAAAAAGCUCAAUCAACAUCCCACAGGGCAAUGUCCAUAAAGGACUGGAGCUGUAAACAAUGCCUCUUUUAUAAAAGGAGAGCUGAAUGCAAACCUGAAAACCUGCAAGCGUGAAUUAAGGUACAGUGGAAGGAUCUCUGGAAGGAUCAGUGUAGUGUUAUUACUUACAGGGCACUUUUUUCAGGUCUUAAAGCUCAUUUACAGGUAUUGAAAAUUGUACAGCCUCAGUGUCCAAGCUAGUUGUUUAAAACAAAUGUUUUUUCUUUUAAGUUAUUUAAUGCAGGUAAUUUAGAUUGGCUCUGACCCUUCUGAUUUACAUUUCUAAAUUCUUUUCGUAUAUGCAGAGACCCAUAUAAAUGAAUCGUGUCAUAUGUUUGAUGGGGAAGGUGUGUGUUAGUGAUGAAUUUCUGUAAUUUUAUGAAGACAGACUUUGAGAUGAGUGUAAACAUCAUUGUAAACGGACACUGUAAACACCAGUUGCCCUAAUGUUUUUGUUGCCCAAUCUAACAGCGUGUGUGUUUCUGGGGUACAGUGCGUUACCUCAAAAAACCUUAACCUAAGAUCUGAACAGUACAUUUCAUGUAGAAGUGUUUUGUCCACUGACAAGUUCUUUUUUUGGCAUUGCUUAAUUGUUUGAUCUGCAGGGAACCCUUUGAAGAUGAGUAUGAAUUUACUGUCUAGAUUAUUUUCAUUAAUAUUAUUCACUUUUCUUUAUUUGGGCAUUUUUAAUUUUAC